GAAACACUGAGCUAUAGAAAGCAGAAGCAAAAGCAAGAGUGAUCAGUGAAAGCUUUUGAGCUAAGAAUUUUUUGUGAAAUAAUUCCAAAAAAAUGCCAAUUUACAGAAUUGCCAUUGGAAGCCCUGGAGAGGCGAGCCAGCCGGACGCCUUGAGGGCGGCUCUAGCCGAAUUUUUCUCAAUGAUCAUUUUUGUUUUUGCCGGAGAAGGAUCCGGAAUGGCCUUCAAUAAGUUAACAGAUAAAGGGUCAACGACACCGGCAGGGCUUGUAGCUGCAUCACUGGCUCAUGCAUUUGGGCUAUUUGUGGCGGUUUCAGUUGGGGCAAAUAUUUCCGGGGGCCAUGUGAACCCUGCUGUGACAUUUGGGGCAUUUGUUGGAGGACACAUCACAUUGUUGAGAGGGAUUUUGUAUUGGAUUGCCCAGUUGCUCGGAUCAGUUGUCGCUUGCUUGCUGCUUAAGUUUUCCACUGGUGGAUUGGAAACAUCAGCGUUUUCUCUGUCAUCUGGAGUCUCUGCGUGGAACGCAGUGGUUUUCGAGAUUGUGAUGACCUUUGGGCUAGUGUACACAGUGUAUGCAACGGCAGUGGAUCCAAAGAAAGGAAAUGUGGGGAUUAUUGCACCUAUUGCAAUUGGUUUCAUUGUGGGUGCCAACAUUUUGGCUGGUGGUGCUUUUGAUGGAGCAUCCAUGAACCCAGCAGUCUCCUUUGGCCCUGCAGUGGUCAGCUGGACAUGGACUAACCACUGGGUCUACUGGCUAGGUCCACUUGUUGGUGCAGCCAUUGCAGCCAUUGUCUAUGACCACAUCUUUAUUGUCGAGGGCACGCAUGAGCCACUUUCCACCAGUGAUUUUUAAGAACUUUUUAUCUCUUGUCAAUUUAUAAACAUCAUUCUCUCACAGCUUUUUAGAUGAUGGAGAGAAUAAAAUUUGGAAAAAGAAAUGCAAAUGUGUCGAUGGUGGACUGGGGAAAUGAAGUUGGGUUUCUAUGUAAUUCUGUUUAGGUUUGUAUUGUUGUCUUCAUUUAUGUUGUUGGAGGAGUGGAAGGUGGGAGCUUCUUUGUUAUCUUUACUUGUUAUUUUAGUGAAAUUCUCUGUUUUUGCUUA